AUGGAGGAGUUCCUCCGACCUAACGAGACAGCCGACGAGUUUUACUCAAGAUGUACAAACUUGAGUUACUUCGACUGCAGCGAAGAUGAAAUGUUGUGGUGUAUGAUGGGCCCCAGAAGGCUGCCUUUGCUUAGAAUCGUGCCCAUAACAGUCUUCCUGCUUGUGAUAUUCUUAACCGGGGUCAUAGGGAACGUCGCCGUAUGCGUAGUGAUCGUUCGCCACCCGGCUAUGCACACAGAUACUAAUUAUUAUCUAUUUAGCUUGGCUUUGAGCGAUCUACUGCUUCUAUUGUUCGGUCUUCCGAACGAUCUCUCAGUGUAUUGGCAUCAGUAUCCAUACAGUCUCGGUGUGGUGUUUUGUAAGCUGCGAGCGCUCAUAUCAGAAGCGGCGUCAUACGUGUCUGUGCUAACAAUAGUAGCAUUCACUCUCGAGCGCUACCUGGCAAUAUGUCACCCGCUACACAUCUACGCCGUAGCAGGCCUACGGCGAGCGCUACGAAUAGUGCUCGCGCUGUGGGCGAUAUCGCUAUUGGCCGCUUCUCCGUUUGCCCAUUAUACUACAGUUAACUACCACGAUUAUCCACCACUGUCAGGAAACGCUUCACUGGAGUCAGCUUUCUGUGCGAUGCUGGAACUGCCCUCUUGGUACAUCUGCGAGCUGAGCAGUUUCUUCUUUUUCAUUCUGCCCGGCCUGAUCAUUCUCUGUCUGUACGUGAGGAUGGGCUUACGGAUCAGGUCAACUCACAGCCACAGCCCAGGUAGUCCGGGGACCUUGAACGGCGUUAAUGGCAGCGUGCAUGGAGAGGCCAGGCAAGCGCAAUCAAGGAAGAAUAUCAUAAGGAUGCUGGCGGCAGUUGUCAUAGCAUUCUUCGUGUGCUGGGCUCCCUUCCACUUCCAACGACUGUUCUUCAUCUACGGCACUGGUAUUCACCACUACCACACCAUCAACGAGUACCUUUUCCUUGCUGCUGGAGUCUUCUACUACAUCUCGGCUACCGUCAACCCCAUUUUGUACAACAUUAUGAGCCAUAGAUACCGAAUCGCUUUCAAAGAAACCCUUUGCUGCCGAAAAGUUCGUCGCAAGAAGAGCAGAUACCGUGACCAGUCGAGCAUCAGAGAAACCAUGGUCAACCACACAUCCGAUGGCUCACAUCUAGUGAGGGUCAGGUCUCAGAGCCACGAACACAGGAAUCGGACUGAGUUCCGAGGAAGACGGAGCAGCUUCUGCAGUAGUGACUCCACGAGUCUCUACAGCGACCGAUGGAGAGAUUACAAUCGAAGACCGAAAGGCGUUUGGAGUAGAAAUAAUAAUGAAUCGAGUCAACUUAUGCUUAAGGAUUAUAAAUAUGAUUGUGAACUGUAA